GCUUGUGUGCUCUUCUGGUGAAAUACGGUUCACGGCACACCGAUAAGGGCGAGACGGGCUUCAGUUAUAAGAACAGCUUAGAUAACAUGGAAGCGGGAACACCAGCAACAACAAACUCACAGGCUGAGUCACUCAACGUUUUAUGCGGUAUUUGCAAUGAGUUCUAUCGUCCGAAUGACAUCAUAUUUUCAACCGCAAGCUGUGGUCAUGUUUUCCAUAAGGAUUGCCUGAUUCGUUGGCUAUCCCGUUCCCCGAGUUGUCCUCAAUGUCGGGCCAUUUGUCACCGGCAGCGAGUGCAUCGCAUUUACUUGAAUUUUGCCGAAUGCACCGGAAUCGAAGAUGUGGAACGCCCCCAAAUCCAGUGGGUGCCUAUCGAUUUGGAGGAUCCGACUGCGUUCACCACAAUCGAAGGUGCCGUUCAAUGUGGCACCGAUCAUGACGGCCACGAUACGUAUGUGGCUCGCGUCUAUCUGCAUGAAGAUCUGCUGCCCGCCAAUUACGUACCACAACUGAAAGUCGUCUACGCUCCCUGGAAUUGUAGUGCACACAGACUCAACACCGAUGUCGAUCUCCUAGUGCUGACGGACUGUGAACUCAAAUGGGUGGCGGCAUCAGAUGGAUACGUGCCGCCGGGCGCCCUUAAGGCUGGCUACUCGGAAAGCGGUGAGGCCUUGUGCACGGGUCGUUCUGUGUAUGAGGGUCUAACGCUGCUGGGCAAAGUGCAUCCAUCUCAUCGCGUCUUAUAUAUGCCCUAUCGAAGCCAGGAGGUUAGCUCGAGCAACUAUGAGGUGCUCGUGGUCACACCCAAAGAGCAGGCCGAGCGUUAAAAUAAUAUCGAAUCGAAUUUAACUUGUUGCUCCCAAUUUUGCAUUGUUAUCCAGCCAUCAUCUGUGUUAUAUUUAUCAGUUUUCAAUAUAUACGUAUGUCAAAUCUUAAAAUCAAA